AUGAUAGAUGAGUUCAAGAAAUCAAUGAUGUCAAAAUAUGAAAUGACAGACCUCGGAGCUAUGAAAUACUUCCUUGGCAUGCAAGUAAAGCAAAGUCCAGAUAAAAUAUUUCUCUCACAAGAAAAAUAUGCUGAGGAUAUGCUCAAAAAAUUCAACAUGAGCAAUUGUAAGCCAAUGGCUACAAAUGAAAAGCUCUCCAAGAAUGAUGGCAAAGAAAAAGUGGAUGCAUCACUCUACCGAAGUUUGGUCGGAUCUCUCAUUUAUCUUACAAAUACGAGACCCGACAUUUUUCAUACAGUCAGCAUCAUUUCAAGGUUUAUAAGUGAGCCAAGCAAAGCUCACUUAGCAGCUGCAAAAAGGAUUCUCAAGUAUAUCAAAGGAACGAAAAGCCAUUGA